AUGUUCUUGACGAUCUUGGGAAACUCCCUGACACCUCAGAUGAAGAAUCGUAGAUUGCUCGUGCGGAAGAUGAGGGAGAGUAUCUUUAAAUCUGGCUUGCUCUCAGGUUAUCCCAAAGUUAUCCACGCUCUUAUUUCGCUAUAUGAAGCUACCCCCGAAGAGCUUCGAGACACCGAGCUUCUGCGCGACCCCACUCGAUCGAAAGAGGAAGCUGCUGCUGGUGGUCAGGCAUAUUUUGAUUUGCAAUAUGGUGAUACCGCAGCGGAAAUUCAGCCCAUGCUUAAAUCCAUAUACCCAGACCUAGAACACUUCACGAUGACACUUGGGUACGGGUAUGUGUACGCCUUCUUGGAAGUGAUCUCAUCCAAGGAGACGUCAUUCACCAUUAUUUCUGCCCUGAUCGCGAACGACACGCUCAGUCAGGUUGAAUGGAAGCUCACUGGUGCUGUUCGAAAUGGCGCAACGAUCGAGGAGGUCAGAGGCGUACGAGAAAUCGCACUGAAAAUUGCGAUGAAGGCGGGCAUCUUGAACAUGGAGUUCCCAACAUUUGACAGGAUCGACUAA